AUACUAUCUUUUGGGACGAGUCCCGUGUUCUUCUUCUGCCACUUGGUGGUUGCAGGGAGCAGAAAAAUUAGGAGAAACCCGAGGAAAAAAAUGAAAGCUUGCCCGCUUUGGAUGCCGGCCUCCAUGAUGAUGAGCUUCACCUCUCUUACUCCAAGAUGUGAUGCAAGAGCAAUUUGGGUGAAAAACUCAUAUGGAGGUCUCAUCCCUCAGACAUCAUAUAGAAUAUCAAGGAGGACAUUUGUUGGAAUUGGUGUUCUGGUUUAUGCUAAUCCUGCUUUUUCUUUACCACCAAAAGACGCAGAGGAUUCUGAGACAAUCAGGUAUCGGAAGCUAGAUGGUGGUGUGAAAAUUCAAGAUAUCAUUGAAGGGGAAGGACCAGAAGCGCAUGAAGGAGAUCUGGUUGAAUUCAACUAUGUUUGCCGACGUUCCAACGGAUAUUUCGUCCAUAGCACAGUGGACCAAUUUAGUGGGGAGAGCAGACCUGUGGUGCUUCCUCUCGAUGAAAAACAGAUUAUACAAGGCCUCAAAGAUGUUAUAGUUGGCAUGAAGGCUGGAGGAAAGCGGAGAGCUCUAAUCCCUCCUGAUGUGGGAUAUGUCAAUGAGAACCUGAAACCGAUCCCAGAUGAGUUUGGUCCGCGGAGGAGUCUGCUUUCUCAUGCGAAUGAGCCACUGGUUUUUGAGGUUCAGCUAUUGAAGGUGCUCUGAUUCCCUAGCAUUCGAUGGCUGUUCCAGAAACUUCUAACAACUUCUAACAUCGCCGAGGCCUACUUGUUCUUUCUGAUCCUUUUGCUGAAGAAGUUGGAGUAAUUAUAGGUGUUGUGAGGGGAUCCUCUCUCGUAUUCUCCAAGAAAAUUGUUAAGAUUGUAUCAGUCUUCAACUGGUUGCAUUUCUCAACAAUGAACUAUCACAAAAAUAUACCACCAUACUAUUCAAAAGUUUGCUUGCUCUGAUCA